CUCAGAUGUUUAUUUAAUUUAUUUUGUAUUUUGUUUAUUAUAAUUUCUAUUCUCUCAUCAACUUCGCUCAACAAUUAAAUUGUCUUUUAAUCACAAUAACAUCCAAACCCCAUCAAUAAAAUUGAUGCAAAAUGUUUCCUCAAAGACCAAGGCCAGCCGCUGAAGAGGAUGAAGAUGAUUUACUUCGAGCACAACAAGAAUUUUUAGCUAUGAAAGAGGCUGGUAAAAUACAGCCCAGUGUUUCUCAAGUUGUGAAGGCUUACGCGAGUGAUGAUAAAUCAGAAAAAAAAGUUCAAGAUGUGCCUAAAGAACAAAUCGGCUCUCUUACACUUGAUGUAGAAUCUGCACUUGGUGAACUGCCAAUAAUUGAACGGAAUACCAGCACCUUCUGCGGUUAUUCAUUCCCCAAAAAGGUUAAAGCUGCUUUUCCCAAACCAACUCGUAGGGUUGAAGUAUCAACCAUUGAAUCAAGCGGAGAAUCAUCUAACACUCAUGGUGGAACUAGUGAAAGUGCUGACUAUAAAGAACAAAAUGAUAAAUUACUCGGUAAUAUGAGUUCAGAGCAAAUUCUAGCAAUGAGAGAGGAAAUACUGUCCAAGCUUAAACCAGAUCAGAUUGAAUUUUUGAAGCAACGAAAGCGAAAGCAAACAAGCAAUAAUGAAUCUGCGAAAACAUCGUCUACAAAUAUUGAAGAAAAGAUGGAAGUUACACCAAUCUUGGACAAAAUCGACGACGAUUUACCUAUACCUUUGAAUGUAAUUAAAGAACACAACUGGCUUCAUAUGGAUGUUGUUGAAGAAGAGAAACUCGAGUGGUGCAGACCAGUUAAAGAAAGUGAAAAUGCAACUACGGCCAAUGCUAGGUUUGAUUUUUCUGGCAAUAUUGUAAUGGAUGGUAAUAAAUCAACAGAAGAAGGACUUUAUCACCACGGCGAUGAGCCUGAUAGGCCUGGCUAUUCUUUACCUGAAAUUUAUACUUUCAUUCAAAGUAGCUUCGACGCGCAGAAAAUUAUUGGCCUUAAAAUAUUGGCCAAAUUGAUGGAUAAAGUUCAUAAAGGGUUCUAUGACAACUUCUUCAACGCACAUUUGGCUCAAGAGGUUUUGGAUAAUACAGAAAUCGUUCAAUCUAUUCGUAAAUGUCUUGAUGAUACAUCCGAAAGUAUAAUAAGAGAAGCUAUAAUCUGUUUACAUGCUUUAAUCUGUAAUAAUUUGGUUGAUGAAGCCUGUCUUGAUAGAUUUUUCCCAGUCACCAUCCAUUACAACAAUUUUCUUUUCAUCAACCCAGAUGAUCUCGAUAAAAACAUCGAUUUGAAUGAACUCAAAGACGAUCAAUUGGUCAAGAUUGACGUGAUAAAAGGUUUAAUCCGAUUUGAUACUCUUCCGAGACUUCGUUACCUUUUAGACAACAACAUUAAAUAUAAGCAAGAUCCAACUAUUUUCAACAAGAUUAUGGAAAUUUUGAUAAGAAUAGCAAGACAUUCCGUUGAAUCCUGCAAAUCAAUAGUUGAUUGUCCAUACCUAAUUGAAACAAUUGUAACAAAUUUCAUUCCUCCUAAGAUAGAUUUUGCCAAUAUUUCAAUUUAUGGCAAUCCAUCCCCAAAAGCGUUGAAAUUGAUUCGCUUGUUGAUGUCUGAUUCUUCAAAUUGUAUAAAGAUCAUGAACUCACAUAUUCGAUUAUGGGAUGCACUUCAGUCAUAUUUAACCCUGGAUCCAGAUUGUUUUCGACUUGAAUUGACCAGUUUAAAGCGUGUUAAUAUUCUUCAGAUUGCUAUCGAAACACUCAGAGUCUGGUGUAUUCUACUUUCCAACUCUGAGAUUGAACCAGCAAAAGAUUGCUUUAACCAAGUUUACCCAGUGAUUUACCGACAGCUUCAAUAUUGCUGCACUUUAACAUCAGCAAAUCAUAAAUUUGAUUUCCAAUAUGCGGCUACAUUAGUGAAAUGUUUAACUUGGGCUGUUUAUGAGGAUACUAAAUUCAAGCGUGGUUACGAAUCUCUCGUUCAAUCUGUAUUAUUCCAGUCAGUUCGAGAUUUGGUUGAUAUCAAUAUCAUUCCACCUUUUGAUACUUUAAUGAUGAUGAGCACUUGCAUCGAGUUUCUGAUUAAAGCUGAUUGUAAACCUACAUCUUUGAUCAUCAAUCUUUUGCAGCCAUUAAUUGAAAGUGAUAAAAUCAUGAAAAUAUUAGGUACCAAGUUGCGAAAGUGUUCAUACACUCUUAAAUCCAAAAAUUUCGAAAAUGGAACCCUUCGUGAUGCCAAAAGUCUACCAUCUUUCGGAGCUGUUUAUUUUGGUGGAUCUGAGAUAAGAUUUGUUGAUUUGGCUCAAGAUGAUUCUGUUGUUUUCUUUAUUGAAUCGUUAUUGGGUGCCGCUGAAUUCACUAAAAUCCCACAAAUGAUUUCAAGGAUUGUUUUAGAUAAACACAUUCUCAACUAUAUUGAAUCAAUUAUUGCUGUUGGUCUAUCUAAAGACGAAAGCAUCUUCACGCAAAUUGAAUUUACUUUUUUGUACCAAUUGUGUAUCUCCUCGCUAAAAGUGAUCAUCAAUGAAGAACAGCUUUUUUAUAAUUUGUCAUUAGUCAGUCUAUAUCAUUUAAAAGAUGUUCAAAUGAAGGAAAAUCUUCUCAACCUAAUAAUUUUCAACUCAACUAUUCUUAAAAAAUUAGCUGAACUCAGUGAUGCAGAGAUGACAGGAGUUGAUAAUGUCAAAACAAUUUACUUCAAACACUCAAGUUUCGAUUCAAAUAUCUGGAUGUUUGAUCCAAUCAUCAAUUAUUACACUAACAAAGAUUCAACCAAUGAUGAUAAAAUUUCUAGUCUCACUGGAACGCUAGGAUUCAUUUAUUUCAUAAUGAACACCAAUUAUCAGCUAUUAACAUCCAUGAUACCACAAGAAACUCUUCUUUGUUUAAUUUCAACAAUUUUCCUGAUUGAUGAUCGAUUAUUUGCUGAAGAUGCCAUUUCUCAUCACCUUCGAGGAUGCCUUCAAAUUAUUAACAAAGAUAAUUUAAUCAUAUCUGAUCCUCAGCAAAAAUUACCUCACAUUUCAACAAUUUUACACUUUUUCGAUCUAUUCAUGAAACAAUUUGAAUCCGAGUCAUUUGGAGAUCCAGUUUUCAUUAAUUACCUGUUGAUAUUUCUCAAGCCAAAGUCAAACGCUGAUUUCAAGAAGAAAAUCUUUUCCGAUUAUUCAGUUUCACUGCGUUAUAUAAACCUACAACCAAAAGAUCUUUACAUCUCAAUUGAGAGUUUAAUUUACCCAUAUUUAAACGAUCUAGAAGUCGUUGAAUUAUUUUUAACAAGUCUUUUAUCUAACCAAAUACCUUUAACAAGGCAAAGUUUGAUUUACUUCAUAAGUGUUCACCACGUUCAUCAUGCUCUAUUCAAAGCUGAAUACCAAUCUUCAGGAGACAAAGAAAGGCUACAGAAAUAUCAUCUAUCUCUAACUAAAUGUCAAAAUAAUAUCUUGCGAGAUCACAUAACUAAUUUUAUGGAAAGUGAUUUAGUCGAUAAAUGUGAAUGGGCUAAACAAUGGAUACCAUUGAAUAUUUCAACAAUUGUUAAAAAUUGAACUUCUAAUAAACAUUGAAAAAACAA